GCCGGACCCUCGCCCGUUUCUCCCCUCCGGACUCCCGCUCUCAGCCGACCGACCGAGCGCCUUGCGAAGACGGCGCUGGGCGAUCCCCGGCGGGCGCCCGCUUGCAAAAGGAGGCGUUCUGGAAGCGCCGCCCUCCCCCGCCCCUCCUCUCCCAGGCCCUCCCCCUGCCAGGAGGGCUUUGCGGGCGUUUGCUAUGGCUGCGGAGGGGCCGAGCCGAGACGCGGGCAGAGCUCCAGCCGCCGCCGCCCCCAGACCCCUCGCAAGCGGCCGGCCCGGCCGGAGGGUCCCCCGCCCACGCUCGACCCCCACCGCCGGGAGGGGGCGGACCGGGCCGGUGGUGCUGCGCUGAAGGGACCGACCGGCGGAGCAAGAGGACUCCAGGAGUCGCCAUGUUGACCAGCAUCGCUGAUGGGCUCCUCUGCUGCCUGCUGGGCAAGGCGCCGAAUGUGGUGGGGCCCCUGGAGCCUGUGGAGUCCAGCAACGGCUACAGCUUCGUGGAGGUCAAGCCUGGGCGGGUCCUGCGGGUGAAGCACGUGGCCCCCUCCCGGCCCCCCGGCACGGAGGAGGAACCCCAGAAGACGGGUGCCGUGCACUGCAAGCGCCGGAUCGCCGUGUACCGCAACGGCCAGAUGGUCAUUGAGAACCUGGCCGAGGCGGUGCAACCAGACAUCCCGCAGAACGGCGCCGAGGCCCAGACCGUGGCGGAGGCAGAGGUCUCGUAUGCGAAUCCGGCCACAGGGACCCCCACAGCCGGCGGGGGCACGGCGCUCAAACGCCGCCGGCAGAAGCCCAAGAAAGUGGUGCACAUCGACUGCACCAAGUACAUCAGCAGCUGCAAGGGGACCCACCGGGACGUGGUGCUCUUCUUCAUCCACGGGGUGGGCGGCUCUUCGGACAUCUGGAAGGAGCAGGUGGACUUCUUCACCAAGCUGGGCUACGAGGUGGUGGCCCCCGACCUGGCUGGGCACGGGGCCAGCUCUGCCCCCCAGAUUGCGGCCGCCUACACUUUCUACGCCUUGGCGGAAGACCUGCGCAGCCUCUUCAAGCGAUACGCCAGGAAAAGGAACAUCCUGAUUGGACACUCCUACGGGGUCUCCUUCUGCACCUUCCUGGCCCACGAAUACCCGGAUCUGGUGCACAAAGUGAUCAUGGUCAACGGAGGGGGCCCCACCGCCCUGGAGCCCAGCCUCUGCUCCAUCUUCAACAUGCCCCCCUGCGUGCUGCGCUGCCUCUCGCCCUGCCUGGCCUGGAGCUUCCUCAAAGCCGGCUUUGCCCGCCAGGGUGCCAAGGAGAAGCAGCUGCUGAAGGAGGGCAAUGCCUUCAACGUCUCCUCCUUCGUCCUGAGGGCCAUGAUGAGCGGGCAAUACUGGCCGGAGGGAGACGAGGUCUACCACGCCGAGCUGACCGUGCCCGUGUUGCUGGUACAUGGCAUGCAUGACAAGUUUGUGCCCGUGGAGGAGGACCAGCGCAUGGCGGAGAUCCUGCUGCUGGCCUUCCUGAAGGUGAUAGAUGAAGGGAGCCACAUGGUGAUGUUGGAGUGUCCGGAAACGGUCAACACCCUCCUGCACGAGUUCCUGCUCUGGGAGCCUGAGCCCCUCCCUUCUGAAGAGGGCCCCCCGGCGGGGAAGAAGUAGUUGGUGGAUGG